AAACUUAAAUUCAAGAUAAUAAAAAUAAAAACCUUAUCAGUCAACAGUGUCAGUGAACAUUGUAAAUAAUAUAUUUUUAGUAUUUUGUGAUGAGAACAUUGGAAUAUCAUUAUGCCAUCAAAUGAAACUAAUAAUGAAAUUAUAGAUUGGCUAGUAUUUUUAUCCUCAGAACUCAAAAGGAAAUGCGAAUCUUUAUCCCAUUCCUCAGAUGAUGAAAUGUUGAUAAAAAAAAAUCUCUCCAAAUUAUGUGAAAAAUCACAAAAUAAUUUGGAGGCAUUCAGAGAUUAUCUUCGUGUUGGCAAGAAAUUGACCUUUUCUAUCAAUCUACUGAAUAUUCUUGGAGAAGAAAGAUGUAAAGCCUUGACUAUUGAUGAUAUAGACAAAUUCGAGAAAGAACUAAGAAAUUUCAUCAAUAACUACUGGUUAGAAUCAAAUGACCCUGUGUAUAAAAAUCUUUCCGAAAUAUUCAAUAUUUUAUCGGAUAAAAGUGACACAGUUUCUGUAGACAAUUUGAGCACAACUAAAGAUAAUUUGGAUUCAAAUGGUAAUAAAAAUGUGUCCGAAAAUAUAAAUCCCCAGAAUGGAUUGUAUGUGUCUCUUGAUCAAACACUUAAUGGUGAAGCAAAUUCAAGCGAUAAAACAAACACUGGUUCACAUAACAAUAUCUCGAAACUUCCCGAUGAAAUACAAAAUUCGUCCGAAAAUCUACAUGCUCCUAAAGAAAAAGAAGAUGAUGCAAGUGACACUCAUAAUCCCGAAGUAGGACAAAAAGAAGUAAACAAUCCAAGUGAAGAACAUACAACAUCUAUAGAAAUUAAUGCUGAAAAUUCUCAGAGGGCUUCAGAGCAGCUAAACAUCGAGAAUGAUGGUCAUUUCAAAGAAAAAUCUGUUUCAGAAAACACUCAAGAAAUUUUUCAAGAAGACCAAUCUGAUAAACAGAGUAAAAAUAAUGCAGAUGAAGAUCACUCAAAUUCUGCUCAUACUCAAGAAGAAAAAACUUCAAGUGAACAGGUCAGCACUCAAGGAGAAAAAACUCCAAGUGAACAGGUCAGUACUCAAGGGGAAAAAAUUCCAAGUGAGCAGGUCAGCACUCAAGGAGAAAAAACUCCAGGUGACCAGGUCAGUACUGGAGAGAAAAUUACAAUUGAACAGGUCAGCACUCAAGGAGAAAGAACUCCAAGUGAACAGGUCUGCACUCAAGGAGAAAAAACUCUAAGUGAACAGGUUGGCACUCAAGGAGACAAAACUCCAAGUGAACAGGUCGGCACUCCAGAAGAAAAAACUCCAAGUGAACAGGUCAGUACCCAAGGAGAAAAAAUUCUAAGUGAACAAGUCAGCACUGAAGGAGAAAAAACUCCAAGUGAACAGGUUGCCACUCAAGGAGAAAAAACUCCAAGUGAACAGGUCAGUACCCAAGGAGAAAAAAUUUUAAGUGAACAAGCCAGCACUGAAAGUGAAAAAACUCCAAGUGAACAGGUCGGUACCCAAAUGGAAAAAAUUCCAAGUGAGCAAGUAAGCACUGAAGGAGAACAAAAUCCAAGUGAACAGGUCGGCACUCAAGGAGAAAAAACUUCAAGUGAACAGGUCAGUACCCAAGGUGAAAAAAUUCCAAGUGAACAAGUCAGCACUGAAGGAGAAAAUACUCCAAGUGAACAGGUCAGCACUCAAGAAUCUGUCAUGGGACCAGGAAUCCAAGAACAUUCAAUAAUUUCCAAUGAUAACAGCAAUAUGGCGAAAGGCGAGUUUUUAUCAUUUCUAGGGUUAAACAAAAUUUCCAACUAUGAAAGCUUUCGCAAUAUGAGGGAUGAGCUUCUGAUGAUGAUUUCCGAAGAGGACUGCCAAAACGACAAUACCCAUUCAGAAAAGUUAUUGGAAGAAAGCGAUGAUUCCAAAGAGGACAGUAUAAUGGACGAAGAUAGUUAUGACCCUACCGCUGUGUCUGCAGCUCUAAAGGAACUGGAUGAAGACUCCUUCUUUGAGACUUCUUCAGAAUCUGAGGUAGAUUUAUCGGCCUCUGAAUGGGAAACAUUUCUUUCUGAUGGGGACUCUGGCGUUAACAGGAAGGAAAAACCCAUGUCGAAUGAACCUAAUACUUCCAUUUCUGCUUUUGUGCCAAAAAAAUGUAACGUAAAUCUAGUGAGAGAUAAUUUAGAAAAGAUCCAAAAAGAAUUGAACGGUUCUGAAGUAUCCAGACGGAGUUCUAUAGAAGAUCUAGAUGAUAAAAACGGUAGUAUUGGAUUUGAACUAAAGGAUUGUUCAGUGAGGUUAGAACCCUUAAAUGCAAGCAAAGAAAAUUCUGAACUAGGUACCGAAGAUCCAGCUAAUGAAGAUGCUAUAAUUGACAGAUUAUGUCGGUUCCCCAACUUUGAAAAUAAUAAUAAGAGGAAAAGAGAUGAAGAAAAAGAACAUAAACGGAAAAUAAAAAGGAAAAGAAGACGCUCCAUGGAACUACCUGGUUCAGAAACAACCGAUCUAUCCGAUUACGACUCUGUAUCUGAAGAUGAUAUAAAAAAGGAGGUAGUAUUACAGUAUGAGAACGACUUACCCCUCGAUCCCAAUGCCUUACUUAUGGAGAUAGUGUGCCAUACAAUUCAUGACAGCGACAGUGAUUCUUCGACUAUUGUAUCGAGCGAAGACGAAAACGAAGAAAAUCAACAAAGGAAAAAAGUCGACAACAAAACGGUUCCACAAAGAGAAGAAAGUGAAACAGAAAAAACAAAACAAAACCCUUUGAUAGAUGAUCCGCUUCUCCGAUGUAAUUUAAAUUUACCCUUGGAUAAAAAACAAGGAAACACAAAUAGAGCUAAGAGGAGGCGGAUUAGUUUAGAACAAUUAACAGAGACAAGUAAAAGAUUGAAGAGUAAACUCAGAAGCAAAUACUUAGAUCCAGAUUGCAGUGAUUCAUAUUCGUCGGAUGAUUUUGAAGACAGAGUAAAAGAAAAAAAAGAUAACAAAGAUCAAUCGAAAGAAGACUGCGAUAUAGAAUUCGUCAGUUGUACUAUGAAUAAGGAUAUAAUUAAUAUAGAUUCUGAUGAUGAAGAAGAAGACAAACAAACUACAAGCCGAAAAAAAAUUUUACCUGUGCUAUCUACCAGAGAACUAACAGAAAGGACUCGAAAAGCAGCAGAGGAAGAAAAAGAAAGAGUUGCCAGACUUGAAGAACAGAAACAUUUGAGAAGUUCCCAAGAAUCGGAAGCCUCACAAGUGGAUUCAAUCAUUCUGGAUUCAUCUCCGGAUGGUUCUAAAGUUGUUGUCGAUCCCAAUUUGUCGAAAAAGCUUUUUUCGCAUCAAAUAGAAGGCAUUAAGUUUAUGUGGGAUGCCUGUUACCUGAGUAUAGGCAGUAUGGAUACCUUUGAUGGAACUGGUUGCAUAUUGGCUCAUAAUAUGGGUCUAGGAAAAACUUUGCAGGUCGUUGCUUUAGUACAUACUUUGUUCAAUCAUCCUGCCACAAAUACCCAACACGUACUUAUAGUAUGCCCUCUGUCAACUGUUCCUGGAUGGAAAAGAGAAUUCUUGAAUGCUCUCAAUAUUGUCCAAACCAAGAAAGAUAUAAAGAUAACUGCUUUAGAGAGUCAAUAUGACCCGUAUACAAAGUGUUCUCUGGUGAUAAAAUGGAGAAAAAGCAAGGGAGUCCUCAUCCUGGGUUACGAAGCUUUUACCAAAUUAACAAAGGAUAACAAGUUAUUCGAUGGCGUUUCCAUGAAAGAGGCACUGGUAGACCCAGGGCCCGACUUGGUGGUUUGUGAUGAAGGCCAUCUUUUGAAAAAUGGGAAAGCUUUGCGGACAAUGGCCCUCAUGGAUAUAAGAACGAAACGAAGAAUCGCACUGACAGGAACACCGCUGCAAAACAAUCUGAACGAAUAUUACUACAUGGUUCAGUUUGUAAAACCAAAUCUACUAGGAAAUAAGCUUGAAUUCAAGAGGCAGUUCGUUAAUCCUAUAAUGAACGGACAGUACGAAGAUUCUCGAGAGCACGAUAUAACGUUGAUGAAGAAAAGGACACAUGUCUUGAAUAGGCUCUUGAAGAAUACAAUACAGAGGUACGAAGCGACAGAAUUACAUAAACACCUGGAGGCUAUGAAGGAUUAUGUCCUAUUUAUCCAACUUCAUCCAGUACAGGAGAAACUUUAUAGGAAGUAUAUUGAAGCAAUAAAAAAGAAGGAUAUGGAAGACGGUUUAAAAACAUACAGCAGCACAUUCUUUGUCCAUUAUCAGUUAUUGAAAUAUAUCUGUUCCCAUCCCCAAUUACUUCAAACAAUGGAAAGCCAGAAAGGUAACGAGCAUAAAGAAGUCAUCAGCCAAGAACCAGAAGUUCACGAAGCAGAAGGGCUGCCUCGAGAAUGGUGGAAAGAUGAUUGUCCGAAUGAGAUCGUAACUAAUUUAGAAUUCGGAACUAAACUCCAAGUUAUGAUGGGUAUCAUCGAAGAAGCUGAGAAAAUUGGGGAAAAAGUCCUGAUUUUCACCAGCAGUUUGGUGGAAUUGAGCAGUGUAGAAUACUUUUUGCGAUUGAAGGGUACUCCGCAAUGUUCUUGUUGGAAAGCCAAAAGAGAUUACUUCAGGAUGGAUGGCACAAUAUCACCUUCGAUUCGAACAGAAAUGUGUGAUAUGUUCAACGAUGAGAAUAACAAAACUUUAAGGGUCUUUUUGAUGUCUCACAAAGUAGGCGGUUUGGGUUUGAAUUUGGUGGCGGCCAAUAGAGUCAUACUUUUGGGUGCCAACUUCAAUCCUUGCCUAGACACGCAGAGUAUAUACAGGGCGUAUAGGUUUGGUCAAAAGAAACCGGUAUACAUAUAUAGACUGCUCUCGAUGGGCACCAUGGAGGAAAAAAUGUACCAUAGGUGCGUCACCAAGCUGGCCAUCGCGUCUAGAGUUGUGGAUAAGCGUCAAAUCGCCAGGCAUUAUAAAAAUUUAGACUUGGAGGAUCUUUAUAACAUCGAAAUAAAUCUGGCACUUCAGAGAACCACGCCGGCCAAACCAGACGACGACAUUUUGUCCUCUAUUUUGCUCAAAUUCGAUUGCGUGUACAAGUAUCAUCAGCACCAGAAACUGUUGGAAAAUCGACCCGACGAAGAAUUGAACGAAGAGGAUAAGAAGAAGGCAUGGGAGGAGUUCGUAGGGAUGAACGAAAAAGAAAAUGGAACAGUCAAGACGCCAACAGAAACCAAAAUAAAUGAAAUAAUUCGCAGUAAGUGGAAUCAGAUAAAUAUGCCUCCGGCUCUGAAGCCUAUAUCGCAGUUGACCAAUCCAGCUUGGAAGGUUAACCCAAUUUCAAAGGAGAUACCAAAAACAAUCGAUAUUUCGAAGAGCAAUCUAAUACAAACAACUUUAAUCCAAAGUGGCCUCACUCAGCCUACUGUUAGGGUGUCCACUCCGAUCAAAAGUUGUAGAGCUCCAGUUAAUAAUAAUCUUCUUCCACCAAAGAUGAUUCCAAUAAAACAGAAACUUCUAGAAGCUAGUAUCCAAUCGAAAGCCAAUUGUGUCCGUGAAAAUGUAAAAACACCUAUGAAUUCUACACCCCCAGUUGAAAACAAAAAAAAUAACCCAAACACCACUUUGAGCACGAACAAAAAGCAAAACAAUAAAGGCUUCGUACAUAAAUCUUCGGCCAUCGGUCCCAAUCCAUUUAUUAUGAAAAAAGGUAAUUUGGCUAAACAGAUAAAAAGAAACUGGAGGUGGCAUUCCUCAGAGGAUUUCCAAAGUCCAUCUUGUUCGCAAUGGACCCAUUCUAGCGGGAGUAACAAUUCAAAAGUGCCAAAGGUUCAACAAUCUAGGAAUUCUAGCGUUGACGAUGAUUGUUUUAUAGUUAUUGACGAAUCUGAAGAGAGCUCACAACCCUCAGUUGCUUCAGGUAGAGAUGAAUUUAAAACACAGCUUGAUAAGUUGCAGUACAAAGAACUGACCAUAACUCAGAGAGCACCCCAAAAAAACCAAGGGAAUCCAACUGUGAUCGACAUAACUGAUUAAUAUUCAAAUUAAAUAAGAUUGAGUGUUCAUAAGUUCACAAUUAUCAUUAGGCAAAUAAAGAUAUUAUAUAUAA